CAUCUUUCAGUUCUACGUUGCUCGCUCUGGCAGUGGCGACAGAUUGUGCCUUUUUCUUCGUGUUUCGUGACGUAACAUCGUCUACUGGAUAUCAAGACCCUACGGUGGUCUUUCACUAAGUGCCGUCUUCCAUCGUGACGAGACGAAGUGAAUAUUGCAGUUUCAUCUGUGAGAAGUGAAGGAGAUCCAUUUUGACCAUUCCACCGACGUGUGAAACGAACACAACACUAGAACUAACAGCGUAAAAAAACAUGCAUCUGUGUGUAAUUGGUGCCGGCGUGGUCGGACUGACCACGGCACUGGAACUGCAGCGGGAGUUCCGCAACGCCAACGUAACCAUUCUGGCUGAUCGGUUUGAACAGGACACGUGCAGUGAUGUGGCGGCCGGAUUGUUCCGACCCGGAACGAGCUUCUCCGGACCGACGGAGGAAAUUACAAGGAAGUGGAUAUCCGAUGCGUACCUCUACUGGGACGAGAUUCGCCGAACGGCCGACGCCUCCGAAGCCGGUGUGGCACAACUUUCCGCGUACAUCUUCUCCAGCACGGAUCCGUCGAUUGUGAGGAACCGAUACAUCGAGAAGAUUCUUCCAGUAUACCGGGCAGUCACCGAACAGGAGCUCACUCUCUGCCCUGGGGACUGGAAGUAUGGUUCCUUCUACACGACUGUCUUGACUGAAUGCAGACUUUUCCAACCAUGGGCAACGAAAAAAUUCCUUCGCAACGGAGGUCGCAUCAUUACGCAGAAGGUCGAAUCCUUCCAGCAAGUGGCCGGCCAAUACGACGUGGUCGUAAACUGUACGGGUAUGGGUGCUAAGAAGCUUUGCACCGACUAUAAACUGGUCCCGAUUCGUGGUCAGGUGAUCAAAGUGAAGGCACCCUGGGUUAAGACGGCCUUCUACGCCGAUUAUGAUACCUAUAUCAUUCCGGGCUUUCAGGGCGUAACGCUCGGUGGAUGCCGAAACUACGACAGUUACAAUACGGAAGUGUGCAAACACGACUCGGCUGCCAUCCGGGAACGGUGUGAGGCAUUGCUGCCCAGUUUGAAGGGGGCACCGGUCAUCAGGGAAGCGGUUGGCUUGAGACCGCACCGUGAUCCGGUUCGGGUGGAACCGGAACUGUUGGAUCUGGUGAGAGGACGAGUUAAAGUGGUGCACAACUACGGACAUGGAGGAUACGGUGUGACGACUUCACCCGGAACGGCCAUUUAUGCCACUGGGUUGGUAACAGAUAUGCUUAAGAGCAAUAGCAAGUUGUGAGUGAGGUAUGGUUUAUUGGUGUAUCUUUGAAAAGGUUGUAAAUAAAAAAAUGUUCAAGAAAUGGUUUAUUCUA